CGUGUUUCAAGCUUUCUGAUAUUGCAAAGUACUGCACCAACAAUUGACACUAAACAAGAGACAGGCUUAGGAUGCCGGAUAGUCAGCCCCAGCGUAGAAGAAGACGACCAGCAGUCUCUUGUACUUUGUGUAGGCAGCGCAAGAUCCGUUGCAACCGCGAAACCCCAUGCAGUAAUUGCAUCAGGUCUAGAAACAGUACAUGCGAGUAUGAGACUUUGCCGGUGUUGCCUCAUCGCUCACGGGAAAGUGAUCGCGAUGAAGCUUCCAUCACCACCAUUUCUACUACGGCUCCACUCCAGGACAUGGAUUCUAUGAGAAAUCGCGUCACACUUCUCGAGAACCAACUUGAAAAUGCACUGCGAAGAGUCAUACGCUCUACUCCUCCAGCUCCUUCUACAGCUGAGACACCAGUUUCCAGCAUCGAAACGGCGGAUAGCCGUAUUGGUGGCACCUUCUAUAUCCACCAUGGAGAUCCUGCCCUUGGUCAAUCUCCCAACAUACAUCGCAGUCUCACGCACAAGAAAAGGAUGUACGGCCAGAGCCACUGGAUGAACAUGAGCGUGAUUAUGGUCCAAGACAUUGCGCAGAUGAUUGACGGACAAGCGAGAGAUCCCAGCACGCAAGACUUCAGCGAGAAGGUCUUCUCGGGGAUGCAUAAAUGCAAGCGAAUAGCCAGACUCGUCAAAUCGCAGAGAGAACCACCAUGGCCGUGUUCGCCAACACCAGAGCUGCCUCCAAAGAACAUUGCGGAUGAUCUGGUAGACUGUUAUCUCCGUACAUUUGAAAGCGUGUACCGAAUACUCCAUAUUCCUUCUUUCAAACGAACCUAUGAAGCUAUAUGGGUAACGGAGGGUGAUCCCGAUUCAACUUUCUUGGUGCAAUUGAAGCUGGUGUUGGCAAUAGGUGCAACGUCCUACAACAACAACUUUACGCUCCGUCCGUCAGCCAUGCGAUGGGUACAUGAAGCCGAGACAUUCCUUACCAACCCCCACCUUAAGCAUCGACUAGGUAUACAAUAUAUACAAAUAUAUUGUCUCCAGCUUCUUGCGCGACAGACAGCUGCUGUAGGCGAAGACAUGGUGUUCAUUUCCACGGGGAGUUUGAUACGCUCCGCAAUGUUUUUAGGUCUGCACAGGGACCCCGCGCAUCUGCCAGCGAGGACACUUUAUGCCAACGAAAUGCAUCGAAGACUUUGGACCACUGUUAUCGAGCUUUGCUUGCAGGCGAGUAUCUAUGCAGGUUGCCCACCUCUCCUGAGCCAGGACGAUUACGAUACCCAACCCGCCGGGAACUUUGAUGACGACCAGCUUGAAAACAACGACGCAAUUGCGAGGCCGGAAACUUUCUUGACGCAGUCAUCCGUCUCCAUAAUCCUGCGGAGAACUUUCCCAGCUCGGCUCGCAAUAGCUGCGUUUCUUAACAAUUUCACAUCCACUGGCACCUUUGAAGAAACCCUUCAACUUGACUCGGAGUUACGAAUAGGCUACAAGGCUUUGCGAGACGCUCUUCGAGGGUUUGAUUCUAACCAUGGAAACUUGCCAUCUGACUUCCAAAUCCGUGUGGUAGAUACGGUCAUGAACCGCUAUCUGUGCGCUGUCCAUACGCCUUUCUUCGGCCCUGCAUUGAAAGACGCGAAGUACGCAUUCUCAAGGAAAACAGUUUUUGACACAGCUCUGAAAAUGUGGUACGCGAUAUUCCCGGCCUCGAACGACUUCGGCUCAUCAUCUUCGAGUGGUACAACGUCCCCCGUAAGAGAUGAUCUCCAGCGAAUAGUCACCUGUGGUCAGGGAUUCCUCAGAUCGGCGGUGUUGCAAUCUAUCCUGAUGAUUGCAGUCGAAAUGAGAACGCAAAUACAGGAAGACGACGGUUUAAGUCCGACACCACUGCGGCGAGAUUUAUUCGCCAUCAUCCAAGAAGCCAAGUCGUGGUCGAUAUGGUGCAUGGAGGCCGGCGAGACAAACGUUAAGGCACUUGUGUUUGUGUAUCUCAUGGAAGCUUACACCAAAGGUCUUGCAAAGGGACUAGGCAAGGAAGCAAUCGGGAGGUCACUUGUGGAAGCCUCACACAAUGCUUUGCAGCGUGGAAUGGUAUUGCUGGAGGGAAUGAUGGAAACAGAGAUACCGAACCAAGAUCAGGCUGGUCUAGGGAGCCUUUCCCUGAAUGAUCUGACGCCCGAAAUGCUUGCAGAUUGGCAAUCAAUCCAGAUACCAACUGGUAUGAACGACCCCUAUGGCUACGACAUGAUGAACUGGGCUUUCGAUCAGACAGAAGUGCAAAACACAUGGCUCUUUUGAGAUUGCCAUGCCCGGAUCUGGAGUGAUUGCCUCUCAACGAGCCACUCAAGGAUCUCGGUGCAAAUCUGAUGUCCCCUAUCUGAGGAAAACCUGUUCUACAGCAAGCCGUAAUGCGCGUACGCACUAAUGUAGGUUCCGAGAUUCAGGUCGAUUAUCGGACUCAGUCGUCUU